AUGGGCUUAUAUUUCAUGUGUGAAGCUCCCUGUGGCGGUCACUUUUCAUCUCCCAGUGGAGUCAUUCUUUCUCCGGGAUGGCCUGGAUAUUAUAAAGACUCUUUGAACUGUGAAUGGGUGAUCGAAGCAGAACCUGGACGCUCCAUUAAAAUCACAUUUGAAAGAUUCCAAACAGAACUUAAUUAUGAUGUUCUGGAAGUACAUGAUGGCCCAAACUUAUUAUCACCAAUUGUGGGUUCUUUUAAUGGCACACAAGUCCCACAAUUUCUAUUCAGCAGCAUGAACUACCUCUACCUUCUCUUUACCACAGACAACAGCCGAUCAAAUAACGGUUUCAAGAUUCAUUAUGAGAGUGUAACAGUUGACACCCACUCGUGCUUGGAUCCAGGGAUACCAGUGCAUGGUCAUCGUUAUGGCUAUGAUUUUUCUAUUGGAUCUACUGUUUCCUUUGGCUGUCAGCCUGGUUAUACACUCAGCCAUGAAGAACCAUUGCUAUGUGAAAAAAAUCAUUGGUGGAGCCAUCCUUUGCCAACCUGUGAUGCUUUAUGUGGUGGAGAUGUCAGAGGUCCCAGUGGCACAAUUUUGUCUCCCGGUUACCCUGAGUUCUACCCAAACUCUUUGAACUGUACCUGGACAAUUGAGGUGACCCAUGGAAAAGGCGUUCAGUUCACCUUUCACACCUUUCAUCUGGAAGAUCUUCAUGACUACUUACUAAUUACCGAAAAUGGUAGCUUUACCCAGCCUCUGGCACGGCUCACCGGCUCUGAACUCCCUGCAGCAAUUAAUGCCGGUCUCUAUGGAAAUUUCAGAGCUCAGUUGCGAUUUAUUUCUGAUUUUUCAAUAUCAUAUGAAGGAUUCAACAUUACCUUUUCUGAAUACAACUUAGAACCAUGUGACGAUCCAGGAGUUCCACUGUAUGGAAGAAGGCAUGGCAUCCAUUUUGGAGUUGGAGAUAUCGUAACAUUUACAUGUUCAUCUGGAUAUCGCUUGGAAGGAAUAUCGGAAAUUGUUUGUCUUGGCGGUGGGCGUCGUGUGUGGAGUGCACCUCUGCCAAGGUGUGUGGCUGAAUGUGGAGCAUCUGCAACAAAUAAUGAAGGAAUUCUGCUGUCUCCGAAAUACCCACUGAACUAUGAAAAUAAUCAUGAAUGUAUUUACAGCAUUCAAGUACAAGCAGGGAAAGGAAUCAAUAUCUCAGCAAGAACAUUUCACUUAGCACAAGGGGAUGUUCUUAAAAUAUAUGAUGGGAGAGACAAUACUGCUCAUUUGUUGGGAGCCUACACAGCAUCAGCGUUAAGAGGACUGACACUAAGCAGCACGUCAAACCAUUUAUUUCUGGAAUUUAAUUCAGACUCAGAAACACAUGAUGAAGGUUUUCAGUUAGUCUAUACUAGCUUUGAACUCUCCCACUGUGAGGACCCAGGUGUGCCACAAUUUGGAUACAAAAUCAGUGACCAGGGACAUUUUGCUGGCAGCACCAUCAUCUAUGGAUGCAACCCAGGCUACACCUUGCAUGGAAGCAGCCUAUUGAAAUGCAUGACUGGAGAGAGAAGAGCAUGGGACUAUCCUCUGCCAUCCUGCAUUGCUGAAUGUGGAGGUCGUUUCAAAGGAGAAUCUUCAGGCAGAAUUUUAUCACCAGGAUACCCCUUUCCAUAUGAUAAUAAUCUGCGCUGCACAUGGAUAAUUGAAGUGGACUUGGGCAAUAUUGUAAGUCUUCAGUUUCUGGCAUUUGACACAGAGGCAUCCCAUGACAUCCUGAGAGUUUGGGAUGGACCGCUUGAAAAUGAGAUGUUACUGAAGGAAAUCAGCGGCUCUCUUAUCCCAGAAGGAAUUCAUAGCACUCUCAAUGUUGUGACGAUACAAUUCGACACAGAUUUUUAUAUCAGCAAAUCUGGAUUUGCCAUUCAGUUUUCAAGCUCUGUGGCUACAGCCUGUAGAGAUCCCGGAGUUCCAAUGAAUGGCACUCGGAAUGGGGAUGGAAGAGAACCAGGGGAUACAGUUAUUUUCCAAUGUGACCCUGGCUAUGAAUUACAAGGGGAGGAAAGAAUAACCUGUAUUCAAGUAGACAACAGAUUCUUUUGGCAGCCAAGUCCUCCAUCAUGCAUAGCUCCAUGUGGUGGCAAUCUAACAGGGUCUGCUGGCUUUAUUCUGUCUCCAAAUUUUCCUCACCCAUAUCCACACAGCAGGGAUUGUGACUGGACAAUUACUGUCAAUCCAGACUAUGUAAUUUCAUUGGCUUUCAUUAGCUUCAGCAUUGAACCUAAUUAUGACUUCUUGUAUAUUUAUGAUGGCACUGAUGGCAACAGUCCCCUGAUUGGGAGUUUUCAAGACAGCAAGUUACCAGAAAGAAUUGAAAGUGGUUCAAACAACAUGCAUUUGGCUUUUCGAAGUGAUGGAUCUGUUAGCUUCACUGGCUUUCAUUUGGAAUACAAAGGUGAUUUUAAAAUAUACAGCAUGUACAUUAUUUAAUAUAUUUAUUUUAGAGGGUACUUUAAGUGAAUUAUUCUACCUUUGUGUGAUUUAAUACUAUUUUAUUCAAUGGUAUUAUUUAAAUGUACUAAUCCAUACUGUAUGACUUUUCCCCUGUUUCUGGGGCUUCUUUCCUGUAUUCUGUAUGGACAUAUGAUUACGUUUUUGAAAGCUCUUCUUUCCUGAAUUC